AUACUCCUAUCAACACUUUUUUACGUGAUGCAAGCGGCCUUGUCGGGUCACGGGGUCAAUCGGCAAUAAAUCGGAUGUUUACAAACGGUAUAUGAAAUGACGCGCGUCAAAGUAAACUGUGUUUUUAUGCUUUUUAUAUUGAUUUAGACGCUUCAUAUUUGUGAUUUAUUUGUUACUUGAUUUAUAAUGGAUCCUGGUGACCGUACCAUUUCUCUAGAAACAUUUAAUUCGUGGAAAUUAACAGCUCUGAAGGAAUUUUUAAGCAGACGAGGACUAUCCACCGAUGGAUCCAAGAAUGAGUUAGCCGCCUUAUGCUUUGCUUCAAGUGUUAUGAAAUUGCCUUUGAAAGUGUCAGACUGUGAGUAUGUUGACCAACUUCAGAAAGAGUACAAAGAUUUGCUUUGUAUAGAAGAUAUUAUUUUACCUGAUCCCUUGAAACUCGGAGGUGGAUGGCAGAACGAGAAGUGCGGGAUGUCUCAGUGGCCCCCCUUAUUUUUAUCGGACAUUGUGAACUUUCUUAUAGAUAAAGGCACCAGCAACACCGUGAAAACAUAUAUGAAUGAUUACAAAAUUGGGAAGGCAUUCGAAUAUUGUGAAUCGAACUUUAUAAAAGAAAUAUUUUACCAUCCAAUUUCCUCAUCGUCUGCAUUAUGCUUCCUGAGAGCCAAGUGUACCCCUAGUCAAAGACUCAAAGAAGAGAGCCAUACCCUUUGGGUAGCCAUAUCUAAGGAAUCUGGUUGUGUGAAGGUGGCCUUUUGCUCCUGUACUGCAGGAAUGGGUCAGACAUGCAAUCAUGUAGCAGCCCUAAUGUUUAGGGUAGAGUCAGCAAAUAAACUGGGCCUGACUUCAUGUACAUCUUUACCAUGCCAGUGGAAGGUACCAUCAGCAACAACAGAAAUUGUGCCUGUCAAAAUAAAGGACUUAAGUGUUCGAAAGUCUCGUCAUGGACUAGAAAAAACAAGACCAUUAGUUUCAAAGCAGAAACACCAGUAUAAACCACAGGAGUCUGUUCACCUGGACAGGGACUCAUUUAUUGAUGAGCUGAGAAAAGCUGUGCGAAAUGCAUGUUUAUUGAAAGGAACGGAUCUACCGGUAUGUGAAGAAGUUCUUCAAGAACUGCCACACGAUGUUGGAGGAGACAAUUCCAUGGAGGCUGUUGAACACUACAUCAUCAGCAACAUGGUUAAAAAUGUCCAUACAGUUGAUGAUUUUAUUGACCAUCAACCAACUCUAACACCAAAUGAAGUGGACCAUAUUCAGAAAGAGACUGUAGGACAGAGUGAAAAUAAAUCAUGGCAUGCUCUAAGAAAAGACAGGAUUACUGCAUCCAAUAUGUAUGCAGUUCAUACACGUAUGAAUUCAUUCAAGAAAAAUCCUGAGGUGGACCUCAGUGCCAUUGUAUCUAUGGUAAUGGGUGGAAAGACUAUUAAUUCUAAUAUUAAAGCUCUGAAGUUUGGUAGAGAGUCAGAGCCACUUGCAAAGUCCAUCUAUUGUAAAAUGUACCUAGAAAGUCAUGUCGAUGCAAAAUUUAAAGAUUGUGGAAUUUUUCUAGAUCAAAACGUCUCUUUCUUAGCUGCCAGUCCCGACAUGCUGGUGUCUUGUGAAUGUUGUGGAGAUGGCUUGUUAGAGGUAAAAUCAUCAAUGCAACCAAAAUGUAGUUUAUGCUCCGCAUUUUGUACAUGUAACUUGCCCGAUUAUUUAUUUACGUCUGAUAAUGAAGCUUUGGAGAUUAAAAAAAAUCAUAGAUAUUUCUGUCAAAUACAAGGACAGAUGGCCAUUUGUAAGCGAAUGUGGUGCGAUUUUUUUGUUUAUUCCUGUAAUGGUACUUUCUCAAAAAGAAUCAAUUUCCAGGAAGAUUAUUAUUCGAAUGUUCAAUCAAAUUUGAUUUAUUUCUUCAAAACAUUUAUUGCACCUAAAUGUAUUGAGGAAGAAAUGUGUGCUUCAGCAUGUAUUGUGUGCCCAGACAAAGUGUCUGAAGAAUCUGAAUGUGAACCAAUGGAAGUAGAAGAUGGUGAAGGUGAUGUUUAUUUUUGUUUGAUUUGCAAAAACCAGAUUCAGGAGCAAGAGAAUGUCAAAUCUUUUGGACAGCGUAGUAUUUGUUGCGAUAUGUGUGACAAUUGGUUUCAUUUCAAAUGUAUAGGCAUGUCAAAGUCAGUUUUGAGUUGCACUUCCACUUGGUUAUGUCAAACUUGUUCAAGUAUGUCUUGAGGUGUCUGAUCCAAUAUAGAACAUAAACUAAUUCCGAGUUAUUAAAUAAUCAUUAGAUAUUUUAAAAAUUAAUUUGAAGUAUUGUAGAACUAUUACAGAGUAGAAAUGGAUUGAUUCACAAAAAUUUCAAAAUUGUACCAGGUAUUUACCCAAGUAGUAAUUGAAGAUUACUCUGAGGCCUGUAGAGAUACACUGAUUUUUUACGUAUUUAAAAAAUUAAUAUGAAAUGUCAUAGUAAAAGAAGGUGCAUUUUCUAUUGUGAGUAAUAUUUGAUUUAAAUUAGAAGUUUUGCCAGUUCCAAUUUUUUGAAAUUGAAUUGUGAGUACACACAAAGGUAGAAACUUCAUAGUUUAAAUGAAGUUUUAAGUGAGGACUUGUAGUUAUAAAUGAGAAUAGAAUAUUGAGUAAUAAUACAGUACACAUCUGUUGAGAAUUCAAAUUCAUUGUGUCUUGGCUAUUAUGGAUGGAAUACCUAUUAACCCUGUAGAAGUGGAAUUGUUGUGUAUAUCACAUCAAUUGAUAUGUCAGAAGAUAUAAUUUAUGCUCUGUUACUAUUAUGUUAUUUUGCUGUAAAUAUGAAUAUUGAAUUUUCUUUUCUUUCAACAACUUAAUUGUUUGAAAUAAAAAUACAACAUGUCUUGGUUGAA